AGUACCCAUUCAAGAAACCAUCUUCCUUAAACAGAAAUUUAAAGGUAAUGGGAUCUCUAGAGAGAUCAAAGAAGAAAGUUCAAGUAUGGAAGAAAGCUCUGAUCCAUUUCUCUCUUUGUUUUGUGAUGGGUUUCUUCACUGGCUUUGCUCCUGCUGGUAAGGCCUCAUUUUUCUCUAAUUCCGAUACCACCACCUAUACUUCUACAAAAUCUCAAAUUCCACCCCAACCUUUUGAAAACUCUACCUACGCACCCCAUUCCCUACUCAACAGAACCUUGAUCAUCAAUUCCCAAGCUGAAGCCCCUGCUCCUGCAGAGUCGCGAGAAUCCGGAGAAGAAACCAGAUCUCUCUCCGAGACGGAAGACGAGAACCAAGUUAAAGUGACACCAAGAGGACUAGUGAUUGUUGUAACCCCGGUGAUGACAAAAGAUCGGUACAAGAACGUUCUUCUUAGGAGAAUGGCCAAUACCUUGAGGCUAGUCCCGCCUCCAUUAUUGUGGAUAGUCGUGGAGAAACACUCGGAUUCCGACGAAAAAUCUUCCUCUACAAUGUUAAGAAAGACUGGUAUCAUGUAUAGACGUAUAGUCUUCAAGGAGAAUUUCACUAGCAUGGAAACAGAGCUUGAUCACCAGAGGAAUCUAGCUUUGAGGCACAUUGAGCAGCACAAAUUAAGCGGGAUAGUUCAUUUUGCGGGCCUAAACAACAUAUAUGAUCUUGAUUUUUUCGACAAGAUCAGAGAUAUCGAGGUAUUUGGUACUUGGCCAAUGGCAUUGUUAUCGGCUAAUAGGAAACGAGUGAUAGUAGAAGGGCCGGUUUGUGAAUCUUCACAAGUAUUGGGUUGGCAUUUGAGAAAAAUAAAUAACGAGACAGAGACAAAGCCUCCGAUUCAUAUAUCAAGCUUUGCUUUCAAUAGUUCCAUACUUUGGGAUCCUGAGAGAUGGGGUCGUCCUUCUUCUGUUGAAGGCACCAAACAGGAUUCGAUAAAAUAUGUGAAGCAAGUAGUUUUGGAGGACGAUACAAAGUUGAAAGGACUUCCGGGACAAGACUGUUCCAAGAUUAUGCUUUGGCGUCUCAAUUUUCCCACAAGAACACGUUUAAGUACCUGAUUUGCUUUCUCUCUUUUUUUUUUUUUUUUUUUUAUUCUCUAAUCUCCUUUUCUCCACAUUAGACCUUUUUUUUUUGGGAAAAAGAAACACUUAUAGAGAGAACAACAAGCAGAAAAAAAGAAAAAAAAAGGAUUUGGAUCUGUCAUGAAACAGAGCUUGAAGAAGUUUUGUCUGUGUCAGAUUAUAGCCAAAGCUGAGACUUACAAAGAAUUGAACCAAAGUAAAUCAUAAUUCAUGUGUUACACAAAAGGAAAUCAGAAUCUACUACACCAAGGGGAAAAGAUAAACAAAUCAUAAUUCAUGUAUUCCAAAAGGCUCUUGAACCAAAGUAAUCCAGACACAAACAUAUGUAAUACAUAAGUUUAACAUACUUUUCAGCAAAUUUUU